ACGGAAGUGCGGUGGUGAGCGCUGCGGGGUCGCGCCCACGCUGGGCCGGGAGUCCAAAUGCUUCCCGGUGCCGGGAGUGAGCGAUGAGCUGGCUUGUGUUCCUGGCCCACAGAGUCGCCUUGGCCGCCGUGUCCUGCCGUUGCGGCUCUCGCGGGUUCGGGAUGUUCUAUGCCGUGAGGAGGGGCCGCAAGACCGGGGUCUUUCUGACCUGGAAUGAGUGCAAAGCACAGGUGGACCGGUUUCCUGCUGCCAGAUUUAAGAAGUUUGCCACAGAGGAUGAGGCCUGGACCUUUGUCAGGAAAUCUGCAAGCCCAGAAGUUUCAGAAGGGCAGGAAAAUCAACAUGGACAAGAAUUGCAAAUGAAAGCCAGCAAGCGACUCCGUGAGCCACUGGAUGGAGAUGGAGAUGAAAGCGCAGAGCCGUAUGCAAAGCACAUGAAGCCGAGCAUGGAGCCGGCGCCUCCAGUUAGCAGAGACACGUUUUCCUACAUGGGAGACUUUGUUGUCGUCUACACUGAUGGCUGCUGCUCCAGUAAUGGGCGUAGAAGGCCACGAGCGGGAAUCGGCGUUUACUGGGGGCCGGGCCAUCCUUUAAAUGUAGGCAUUAGACUUCCUGGGCGACAGACAAACCAAAGAGCAGAAAUUCAUGCAGCCUGCAAAGCCAUUGAACAAGCAAAGGCUCAAAACAUCAGUAAACUGGUUCUGUAUACAGACAGUAUGUUUACUAUAAACGGUAUAACUAACUGGGUUCAAAGUUGGAAGGAAAAUGGGUGGAAGACAAGUGCAGGGAAAGAGGUGAUCAACAAGGAGGACUUCGUGGCACUGGAGAGGCUCACCCAGGGGAUGGACAUUCAGUGGAUGCACGUUCCUGGUCAUUCGGGAUUUAUAGGCAAUGAAGAAGCUGAUAGAUUAGCCAGAAAAGGAGCUAAACAAUUGGAAGACUGAGCCAUGUGACUUUAGUCCUUGGGAGAACUUGAGCCAGUGGCUGUCUUGCUGCUUGUGCUUACUGGUGUGGAAAACAGCCUGCAGGUGGGACCAUCGCGGUGAUGGGCAGAUGCGUCUUUCACACGGAAUCAGGCACAGUGGCCUUCUGUGACACGUUUUCAUAAAAAAUGGUUAAGUAUAUAAUAAAUUGAACAUCUUUGAGAUUGGAGAAUUAUGUGAGAUUUCUGCAUUAUAUUUACUGGGUUCGAUACUGUUCUUGCUUGUUUUAUUGCAGGCAAGCAAGGCAAAUGGCCUAAAAUUCUGUGGCUUAUAUUUUGAUAAAUCAAAAAACCAUUGGUUAAAAGAUGCAACUCAGAAAUCUAGAAGUGAUCUGGAAGCUUCCAUUUACCAUCCAGUCGACAGGACUGAGCCUGCUGCUUGUAUAGGUGACUUGUGCCCAUGGGUACCUUAGAGAAACAUGCUGCCCAGGGCCUGGGCGCGCAGCUCAGUGGGCAGGGCGUAGGCUGGGUCUCAGCCCCAUGUGCCUGCUUGCUGGGCACUUAGUAUAGGGCAAAGCCUGCCUGCAGGCGACCCUGGCUGCUAAGCCAUUCUCUAGGAACAGCUAUGACUUGUAAAGACUAGAAUGUAUAAAGAAAUAUUUCAAAAAUCUAUUUGACUCUUUUGUUUAAAACUGUGCAAAUUUAAA